AUUUUUAUGUGUCAAGAAAUUAAUACCUAAUAGAACAUUUUUAUUGGGAAGAGGAUAUAUUUGUAUUCUGAUCUUACUGGAUGAACUUCAAGUGGAAGAUAGCCUUAAUUGUAUAUUCCAAAUAGAUCUUUUAUCGCUUGUAAUCGUGCACUCUAAUUCAAUCGAUCGGUUUUAAGGUUGUACUGCACUCUAAAGUUGCAAUUGACAGUUUGACGCCAGCACUUUUAUGUGGUUAAAGAACCUCAUGUUAUCUCUUUUAACUAUUAAUCAAUGUGUAACAUUUGUACUUUGUUGGAGUGUUCACACUGUGGGUGGCAGUUACUAUUACUAUGAUAUGGAGAUGUUCUGGGUCUCUGAGAUCAAUUAUAUGUGUAGAUCUAUCUCAUCUAACUCACUGGUCAAUCAAACUUGUGUUAUUAUAACAGUUAAGAUUCAUCGAUGUCUAUAUCUGAAGCUCUCUAAAGAUGGAAGUAUGCAACCACCUUAUACUCCACAAUUGUCAAGAAUUAAUUGUCUGAUAUAUUUUUCUGAAGAGCACUACUCUUGAGAUGUACAAGUGCAUACAUAUGAUCAUUUACCUUACCUUAUUGUAUUCUGUCAG